GAAGAAGGACGCGUUAGUCUGCAACCCCAUGUGAGAAACUUGCGUGAGGAAAUAAAAAUGCUUCGUAGAGAGGUGAGACUGAGACGGGAGUACCUGUACAGGAAAGCCCAAGAAGACAGAGUGCGAACAAUUGAGGAGAAAAAGCAGAGGCUCAAGACUGCUCUUGAUGAAAACCGACUUAUUCCAACUGAAGUACGCAGAGAUGCUCUGCAGUUACAGAAGUUAUUGGAGUAUGAUGAUGAGGGGGCAGAAGGUGUCAGCUCUCACAUGGAUGAUGAGUAUAAAUGGGCGGGUGUGGAGGAUCCUAAAGUUAUGGUCACCACAUCAAGAGACCCUGGCUCCAGGCUAAAAAUGUUUUCCAAGGAGAUUAAGCUGAUGUUUCCUGGAGCCCAGCGCAUGAAUCGAGGAAACCAUGAGAUCAACGCCUUGGUACAAGCCUGCAAAGCAAAUAAUGUUACAGACCUUGUCAUUGUGCAUGAAACUAGGGGACAGCCAGAUGGAUUGGUGGUGUGCCACUUGCCAUUUGGACCCACAGCUUACUUCACCCUUUACAAUGUGGUGAUGAGACAUGAUGUUCCAGAUAUUGGUACCAUGUCUGAAGCUUAUCCCCACCUAAUUUUUCACAAUUUCACUUCACGGCUUGGCCAGAGGGUAUCCAAUAUCCUUAAGUAUCUGUUUCCAGUGCCUAAAGAAGACAGUAGGCGUGUCAUCACAUUCGCCAACCAAGAUGAUUUCAUCUCAUUCAGACAUCACACCUAUAAGAAAACUGACCACAAAAAUGUUGAGCUGACAGAAGUAGGACCCAGAUUUGAAAUGAAAUUGUAUAUGAUUAAACUUGGAACCCUGGAGAAUGAGAGCACAGCAGAUAUUGAAUGGCGCCACCAUGCAUUUACACACACAGCUAAGAAAAGGAGGGUUCUAAGUGUGUAGUGAUGUCCACUUAAGGAUAAUCUCUUUGGCAAAAAGAACCAUCAAAUGCUUUUCUCUUGGAUAUAACAAUGUUGGACUAUGUUGUUGAAAGAUGCUAUGUGAUGAUAUGAUUGACACAAUGAAGCCUGUGUACUAACACAAUAAAAUGUUAAACAAUGCAAAAAUUUUUUUUUACAGGGUAACAAUGUUUUGUGACAUUAAUAGCUUUUAGGUGUUUUGUAAUAAAGUCCUCCCCCCCUCAUCACAUGGAUCCAAAAUAUAUUUGAUGUUGAUGAAGCAAAAGAACAGUUAUGGCACUUAAACUACUGAUUACUGAUUACCAUUAUUGUAUUUUAUCAACUCUAAACAGGCUUGCGACAGCUCAUAUUUAUUAAUUAUUGGGUAUUUAUCAUGAUUUCACGGAUUCACAAAAAUGUGGCUACAACAUAUAACAUGGCUCCUUUAAGUGAAAGACGUUUAAUCAUACCUCCAACCCACUUGAAAAUAUAGCGCUUAAUGUUGUCCAAUGAGAGGGUGUAAUUAGGAGAAUAAUCCAAUGAAGGACAAGCAUCACGAAAGGUUUCCAUUUCCCAAGAAAUUGUCGACAGAUCUGAGUUCAGAUUUAGAGAAUCAAGAUGACAACCCCAGCAGAUAAGAGUGAAGAUAAACAACUCUUUAAAUAUUUUGCUGAUGUUUUGUUUGUGGGCUUGUAAAUAUAUGUGUGUGAAUGGCAUAAAAAUUAAGUAAUUUCUGUAAUAAAUUGACUA